CGAGCAGACACGAAUACGCGAGUGGACUGACAGUGGAAUAAUACGCAAUCAUCAAUUUUUCCUCAUCAUCUCGCGGUGCAAUUGUUGAUUUUUCCGAUUUUCCAUUACAAGGUGCUACUUGUUUUUGAGUUUCCGGCCACCACUACGGUUCAAUCUCUCUGAUUUUACUUCGAGUUAUCCAGCUAUAGCGAUCAUAAUUCAUGGGUGAAAUUAUCCACUUCACCAGACACCUGCAAACACGUUUACUUUGAUAAGUACAUUAAUAACCUCUUCACAAUCAAUAUUACACAGGCGCCGAAAAUGCCGGAGGCUCUCAAGUACGAGAAAAUUGAAAGCGACACGGAAUGCGGGAAAGUGCUCAACACUCUCUUCGUCAACAAAUUUCGCCAUGGAUACGUACGAGUCAAAGGGGCCGUCAUGCCCGACUACUUCAAAAAAUUCGGAGACAGAAUCCAACAGAUGGAUAUCAGAGAUGAUGACGUCUUCGUUUGCAGUUAUCCCAAAACAGGUACAACAUGGACUCAAGAAAUGGUCUGGUGUAUAGCGAAUGAUUUAGACUACAAAGGAGCAGAAGUGUUCCUCCCGGAAAGAUUUCCAUUCCUUGAUCACUCGGCACUUUUCAACUAUGAGGCGAUGUAUGAAGAGCAACCAGAUUUUUCAGUGCCCGAUUACGUCACGGAUUCUGUGAAAUAUAUCAGCGAGUUGAACACACGUAGAUUCAUCAAAUCUCACCUACCUCUCGGGCUUCUCCCUGAGAAACUUCAAAAUUUCUCGACGCGAGCGAAAAUCAUAUACGUGUGCCGUAACCCAAAAGACACGUGCGUUUCUUAUUAUCAUCAUUGUCAAUUGUUGGAGGGAUACACGGGUGAUUUCGAUACGUUCUGCAAAUUGUUUAAUAAUGAUAUGCUGUGUUUUUCACCCUUUUGGGAACACGUUUUAGAGUUCUGGGCUCAAAGGAACAAUCCAGAUGUCUUGUUCCUAAGGUACGAGGAUAUGAAAAAGGACCUGCCCUCGGUGAUUCGGAAGACGGCCGCGUUCCUGGGGAAGUCGUUCUCGGAGGAGGAGGUGUCUCGGCUGGCGCAGCACCUGAGCUUCGAGAGCAUGAAGGGCAACCGGGCGGUGAACUACGAGCCCGUGGUGGAGAUCAACAAGAAGUACAACCUCAUCGAGAAGGACGGCACCUUCAUGCGCUCCGGCUCCGUCGGCGGCUGGAAGAACAUGAUGACCCCGCAGACCAUCGACCAGUUCGACGCCUGGAGCGACGCCAAAGUCAAAGGCUCCGGCUUCAAGCUCGUCUGUUGAGCGAUCAACCUCGUCUCUUGAGAGAUCAACCUCGUCUCUUGAGAGAUCAACCUCGUCUAUAGAGAGGUUAAGCUCGUCUCUUGAGGGAUCAAGCUCGUCUCUUAAGAGAUCAAGCUCGUCUCUUGAGAGAGUUCUCCAUGCCGAGGUGAUGCAGGUUUAUCAGGAGAGGAUGUAAUCCAAAUAACUUGGAUCCCCUCUGCCAAAUGGACCGCGUUAAACAGAAAGGAACCAAGCCACAUCAGCUAUUGCCAAA